CUUGGACAGCCAUGAUUGGAGGGUUUACUUGGAAUGGAUUUCAUGAAGAAGCCUUACUGCUUUUCAUUGAGAUGAGGAGGAAAUAUGAUGUGAGGCCAAAUAGAGAGACAUUCAUAUCACUUGCUUAUGCUUGUGCUGGUAUGGGGUUUCCUCAUCCUGGUAGGCAAUUGCAUGCUCAAGUGAUUGUAAACAUGCUGGAAUAUGAUGACUAUGAUGGUAGAUUGUCUAAGAGUCUUAUCCAUAUGUAUUCUAUAUUUGGCGUCAUGGACUUUGCACACUGCAUUUUCAACAAGAACAUGCAUAACUGUAAUGUUCAAUCUUUUAAUUCUUUGAUCAGUGGUUAUAUUCGCGUUGGAAAACUUGAAGAGGCUCAAAAUUUGUUUGAGACAAUACCUGUCCGAGAUGAGAUCUCAUGGACUAUAAUGAUUGAUGCUUAUUUAAGUGUUGGGGACAUAUCUAAUGCAUCUUAUUUAUUCUAUAACAUGCCUUACAGAGAUGCAGUUGCAUGGACAGCAAUGAUCUCGGGCUAUGUCCAAAAUGAGCUUUUUGUAGAAGCUACCUAUCUAUUUUUGGAAAUGCGGGCUCAUAGUGUUGCUCCUCUAAAUUCUACAUACUCUAUUCUUUUAGGAGCUGCAGGCGCAAUGGCAAAUCUGGAUCAGGGGAGGCAGCUCCAUUGCAUGCUGAUUAAAACACAAUCUGGAUUUGACUUGAUUCUUGAGAAUUCUCUGAUCUCAAUGUACGCAAAAUGUGGAGUAAUAGAUGAUGCAUAUACUAUUUUCUCAAACAUGCUUUCAAGAGAUUUGGUUUCUUGGAAUUCCAUGAUCAUGGGGUUGUCACAUCAUGGACUAGCUACAGAAACUCUAAAGGUCUUUGAUUUGAUGUUGGAAUCUGGAACUCAUCCAAAUUCCGUUACUUUUUUGGGCAUUCUAUCAGCUUGUAGUCAUACGGGGCUGGUUAGUCAGGGAUGGAAGUUAUUCAAUGCAAUGUAUGCUGUUUAUGCAAUUCAACCAAGUUUGGAGCAUUAUGUUUGUAUGAUUAAUCUUUUGGGCCGAGCAGGAAAAGUAAAGGAAGCAGAAGAAUUUGUCUUGGGACUACCUUUCAAACCAGAUCAUCAUAUUUGGGGAGCAUUGCUUGGUGUAUGUGGGUUCGGUGAGAAAAAUGUUGAUAUUGCUGAACAUGCUGCUACACGACUCCUUGAACUGGACCCAUUAAAUUCUCCUGGUCAUGUGGUACUCUGCAACAUUUAUGCAAUGAAUGGUCGACAUGCUGAAGAGCACAAGUUGAGAAAGGAAAUGGGAUUGAAGGGUGUCAGGAAGAACCCGGGAUGUAGUUGGAUAGUGAUAAAUGGUGGAGUUCAUGCGUUUCUAUCGGGAGAUGAAUUACACCCACAAGCAGCCGAGAUGCUAUCACUAUUAUUUAAAAUUGAUAAUGCAUUGCAUCAUAAGGAAGAUGAAGUGGUAGACUAACUAUCGACAUAGAAUUUUGAAAACAAUUCAUGUGAUUGUGUGAGUGUUGAGGCUCCGACUUCAAGUCCAGAUAUACCAGGCAAACUUUACACCACUUACAGAUUCUCACCAGCAGUGACUGACGACACACAAAGCCAACCUUGACACUCAACAGCUUUGAGAAGGGUGGUGAGCCAUCUGAUUGUGAGAACCAGUACCAUUCAAAUGAUAAACCUGUGAUGGCACUUUCAACAGGGUGGUUGGUACAAUAAAGGUAGUCGUUUCUUAAACUACAUCAGCAUACGGUAAUGGUUAGAGUGUCCAGGCCAUGGUUGUCAACGAGUGUGACUCUUCAAUAGGUUGUGAUAAGUGCCGUAAUUACCAGCCUCGGUGCCGCAACAACUCUGUUUUAUACUCUGAAGCAGUUUGGAAGGCCAUGGGAGUGCCUAGAAACCAGUGGGAUGAAAUUAAUUUAAAAUCACUAAUCACGUAUCUUCUAUGUAGUUACAUGUAUAUUCAACCGUAUAUAGUUUAUGCAGUGAAGAUUUAUACGAACAGCUUUAUAAAGAACUGUUUCAAUGAGCGUACCACCACAAUUUGAUGGUCCAUUUUCAGCAUCUGCUUCCUCAUUAA